AGUAAAUCAAUGGCGGAGAAUGCGGAUGGAGGGCCAUUACCCCCUGGAUGGGAUCGUAAAUAUGACCACAGAACAGGCAGAUACUAUUUCAUCAACUACUUCAACAAAACUACAACGUGGGAUGACCCUCGAUCACGCUAUAAGCAACUGGCUCAAAACAUUCCACAGCAUGUACCUGUUCUUGAGCCUAUACCAUUACAGCACGGAUCUCCCGACUCGCGCCGUUACCAUGUAUACCCCUCCAAUUCUUCAAUCCUUCCCCCCCAGCCUGCAUUUCAGAGUCCUGUGGGUCAGCUGCAUUCUGCAACAUACUUGCAGGACCUAACAAACAUGCGACCAAGCCCUGUUGCUGGACGACCUGGCUUUGGAACACCUUAUUCAUCUCCUGCACGGAGUGCAACAGCUACAGCACCAUCUGCAAAUGACACUGAAGUUGCUGUUACAAAAAUCAGUGCUAUGUUUCCAACUGUCAGUGAAACACACAUUCGGGCAUUGCUUAUCAAGUACCAUCAUCGCGAGGCAGUAGUAAUGAGUGCCCUCCAGGUGGAGAAGUACCCACUGUCAACACCAGGCCCAGGGACAAUUGCCUCUCCACCUGUGGCAGGCCGGCUCUUGGGCCUGGGUCUCGGCCCACCAUAUGAUAGUCCCCGGCUGGCGACUCGUCCACCACAUUCCUCCCCAAAGAUGAAAUUGAGGUACCUGAAGAGUGUAUUUCCAAAAGCAGAGGAAACAGUGUUGCUUGAUAUUUUAAGCAACUCGGAAAACAAUGUACAGAAGGCAUCAGAGAAACUUCUUGCUAUGGGGUUUGAAAAAAGGGACACACCACCUCCACGCCUUACACUCCGCCAGAAAGAGGAUGAACAGAAGGCAGCUGAACCACAAGCUGCCACCCCAACACCACCUCCACGCAUGAAGAGUAUUGAAGAGAAACAAAAAAUGAAGGGACGGCUGCAAGAACAGUAUCAGUCUGUACCAGAGCGUGUUAUUACAAUAGCACUGGACAGUGUAGAUUAUGAUGAGGAACGAGCUGCACAUAUUCUGCAAAUAAUGGUGCAGGAAGAUGAACAAAAACCUGUUGAACAAAAACUUCCUCUAAUGCCCCAGCCACAAUCCAGGCCUACUCCACCACCACCAGAGGUUCCAGCUGUGUCACCAACUCCUGGAAGGAAACCUUCUGAGAAGCCACAGUCACGCAGACUCAAAGGAAAGAAAGAAACCCCAAAGGUUUCAAGAGGUACAAGUACUACUGAAGAUAAAGAAUACAAAUCUUCCUAUACAACAAAAGUUACUGGGCCUAACAGGAAUUUGCCAAAAGGACCAAAUGAUGAUCUUCUCUUAACUGAUUACAUGACAUGGAAUGGUCCCAAUCCAGAUAUGGCAAAGGGUCCGGAUCGUUCACUACUCUCAGAACGAAGUUACAUUGCAAGGGGCCCAGAUCCUUCAUUACGUAAGGGUCCUAUAUUUGGUCUGGCAAAGGGUAGCUUGUACUCUUGCCGACGAGCUGCGCAGACUGAGUCUGGGGAGUCUCGUGGCAAAUAGCGGCCGCUGUUAUGUGGGCUGCUGUAGAACUAACCAGCUAAGUUGUAUUUGUCUCAUUCUCACAGCAGUGCCAUGCUGAGACGGAAAUGAACCUACAGGUGACUCCUUUCAAAUAUGUUUUGGUUGGAUCUAUAGUGUGUAAGAAACAAUUCUCGUAUUUUUCUGUAGAUUGCAGUGAUUUAACCAGUAGCCUUGUCAUGUGAUACCAACAAAACAUAGUUGUUUCUGUGCAGUGAUUGUAGGUCACCCAUCACUGUGCAAAUUUGUUUUCCUGAUAAACUGGUGUGGACUUGUUACUCCACAGAGCUAUGUGUGUGCUGUAAGUGGUAUUAAUGUUGAAGUAUGUGCAAUAGAGAUUGAAAUGUGUUUGUCAUAGUUGUAUUAUUAGUUUUAGGUGAGCCUGUGUGUAGGAGCUACAGCAACUUAAAAGGUCACAACAUAUCUUCUGUGGCUGGUACUGUCUUAUUUUAUUGUAAUAUUUAGGACUAUUGAAAGAAAGGUUCCACAAAGUGUGUGUACUAAACAACACAAAUAGUUACUGUAAGUUUCUAUCAUUGAAAUUAUUCUUCAGUUUGAUUGUGUGUUUUGCAAGAAAAUACAGCUCUCUCACAUUUUUCCUGUAAGAAAUAUGGGGACUCUUUACCUUCUUCAAGCAAACAUGAACACAGACAUUUGCCAUUGAUCCAUUUUAAUUCUGUAGAAUAAGGUGGUGUAGUGGUAAGACAUUGGACUUAUAUUCAGGAAGAAGGUGUUUCAAACCCCUAUCUGGCCCUAAAUUUAGGUCUUCCAUGGGUAAGUCCUUAAGACAGCUGCCUGAACAAUUCCUUUAAAAAGGAAAAGACCAAUUCCCUUUCCGAUCCCAGCAUGUCUGUGUCUCUAUUGAAUUUGUUGCUGAUGGGACAUUAAACUCUAAAUCUCCCAUCCUUUUGAGUUUCAUUCUAGGCAGCACUACAGGGCCUUUUAAUGCAACUUUCAAAAAUUAUAUUCGAGAAAUGUCAGUACUUGAGGCUGUGGAGGAUUUUUAAUGUCACAUGAUGUGUGACAUCUGUGUACAUAGACUUUGCGCAUAAUAAUUCCUUCAACCUUAAGAUCUUUUUACCUCCCAACCUUACUCUAAUUUCUGCAUUUAAUUUUUACCUGUGUGAUUUAUGAACCGUCUGAGGGUCUCUGCAUUGUGGUAAGCCUGCAUUUGCUAUCCAUUGAAAUAGCCAGCUUGAAUUGUGCUGCCAGAUUUUUUUUUAUGUUUCCCAUAAAUUUGAUGGGGGGGGGGGGGGGGGGGGCAAGGUUAAAUUUCCUGAUAAUCUGAUUAUCCACCAGUAUUAUGGGCACUGUUUGCGUGCACUGUGUAUUGUCAGGUCAAGUCAAGACACGGAUGGCAGUGAUCUGGUUUCUGAAUUGCUUUAUUAGACUGGACAGUUCCUUGUUGCUUUUCAAGAGGGAACAUCUUCUCUACUGUUAUGUUUCACAUUUCUCUUCCUUUCUUUUUAUUCUAAACAAGUACAUUACAGAUACAACAGUAUACACUCAAAUAUUCAUCAUAGUCAGUCACAUGUUUCAGUUACUUAUUAUACUUAGUACAGCUAUAAGUAUAAGUGAAUAUCUCACAGUUUGGUUGGAAGUCAUCAUGAUUCACAUUACAAGAAGAUACUGUUGGGCUUUGUCAAAAUAUUGUGUGGUUAAUGGAACCAGUUACGUGGCUGGUCACUUGAAGUUUACCUUUAUUGCACUCAGUUUGGGUAGUGUAUCUAAUAUCAACACUAUUCCCACUAUUGCAAUUUGUUAAGGUCAGCCUCAAUUCUUAAUUCUGAAAAAUUAUUUAUCAUAGUAUAUUAUUGCUUUCUUUAUAGAAAUUUUACUGUCCUCCAAUUUUGUGUUUGUUAACCAGUUUAGCAACUAACUGUCAAUUCCUUUGCCUGUCAUUCCGCACGAGCCAGGUCAGAGUAUCUAGAGUCUUCAUCUGGUAACAUUACAGUUGUGGAUAAUUAUGGUUCUCCCCAGACAUUAGUUGCAAUACACACUAACUUCCACUGUUCUGUCAAAUGUACUUAGCAGUUACAUGUAUUAUCAGAAUGACAUUUUCUACCCCCUUUAGUUGCCUCACUAAAAAUGUCACGAAAAGUUUUAAUGAAUUAGGAUUUUUAAAGUGACUGUCUCAUUUAUAAAUUAAAGUUUUUUAGUGACACCCUAUCUCCAUGAACUGGCACUAUUGCGAUAAAGAAUUAGUGACAUUAUACCUGCCAUUAGAAAAAGAAUUGCCACUGUGUAAUUAUAUAUUUCAUUCAAACCUAUACCAAUGAUGUCUGACUUCCGGCUGACAUAUCUAGUAUGACUUUCCUUUUCAAAUUUAUGAACUGUGGCAGUGCUGGAUACAGCUUCCUUAUCGAAGAUCCUAUUGUUUUAUGAUAAGCAAACAUAAUAUUUGUUUUUUCAGGUUUGCCCAGUCCGUCAAAAUUAUGUAUCCUUCUUUAAUUUUAUUGAUUGUAAGCCUGAUUUGCCCUUAAUAGAACACUGUGCAGAGUACUGUAGGCUAGCACUUGUUGUGAAAGUGUAUUUAUUGUCUCCUCACAUUUCCCCUAGCUACAGCACUUUUGUUUGCAUCUUGAAUGCCUUUAUGAAAUAUUCAUGGAAAUUUUCUAGAAAGACUGGGACUCAGUCUCAAUGGUACCAGUUUUAAUCAGUCAAGAAGUUUGUUUUGGCUUUUCUAUUUUGUACAAUUUGUAUUUCAUCAUUACUUGAUUUAAGUAUUAGUGUAUGUUUCUCAAUUCUGUACAUGACAUUUUAUCUGUUAUUAAAAGACAUUAUUCUUCAUUCUUUAA